CCCGGCCCUUGAUAAAGCGGCAGAGCCGGCUCUGCCCCACAGCAGCCGCCGCCAUGGCCGCCCUCGGCCUUCCUCUGCUGCUCCUCCUCCUCCUCGGCGCCCGGGCAGUGGCCCCGGAGCUGCUCCAGGCCGUGAUACAGGAGAGGGUGGAGCUGCAGCACCCCGACAUCCAGCAGCUGCUGCAGGAGCAGGACCCCCAGCUGCCCCCCACCGCGCUGGCCCCGGCGCCGCCGCGCCCGGCCUGGCCGCCGGCCGUGCUGAGGGGCUUCCCCCCGGCCUGGCCCGUGGGCCCUGCCCUGCGCCGCCGCUGCCGCGACCCCCCCGGGCCCACCCCCAGCGCCGCCCCGCUGCCCCCCAGCGCCUUCGGGCACCUGCACCGGCAGCGAGCGGCCGUGGCCGAGCUGGGCCGGCGCCUGCGGGGCUGCUGCGGCCUCCCGCAGCCGCUGGCCUGCGCCCGCCGCGCCUGGGGGGCCGUGCUGGACGGGUUCUGCAGCGAGGAGUUUGGGGUGAAGACGCGGCCGUUCUCCUGCUGCCGCCAGCGCGGGGCCGCGAGGAAACGCUGCUUCAGGGCGGCUGCCAAAGGCUCCGAGACCCCCACUGAGCCCCCCACUGAGCCCCCCACGGCCACGGCCGAGCCCACCAGCUCCUGCCAGCGUCACCGCAGAGCUGCCCCCGGCCUCCCACCGGCCCCUGGCUUCAGACCAUCGGUGGUGCAGCCGUCCUGGCCCCAGAGACCCUCCCUGCCCCAAAAACCCUCCCUGCCCCAGAGACGUUCUCUGCCCCAAAAACCUUCCCUGCCUCAGAGACCCUCCCUGCCCCAGAGACCUUCCCUGCCCCAGAGACCCUCCCUGCCCCAGAGACCUUCCCUGCCCCAGAGACCUUCCCUGCCCCAAAAACCCUCCCUGCCCCAAAAGCCUUCCCUGCCCCAGAGACCCUCCCUGCCCCAAAAACCCUCCCUGCCCCAGAGACGUUCCCUGCCCCAAAGCAACUCCUGGCACUUGAAGCUGGACCUGGCCCUGCCGGACCCUGAGGUGCCCCAGCACGUCCUGCGCACCCUGAUGGGGAAAGAGGAGCCUGGUGACACAGCACGGGGGGGUCGUCGCCCCCCACCCCUCCCACGACAGGCAGCAGCACAGCCGAGAGCUGGGUCUGCUCCCCAAGAGGUGCCCGGCGCCGGAGGCCGUGUGCUGCGCCCUGAGCCCCCCCCCAGCAGAGCCCCUGUGCCCAGCUCCCCCAAGGCCCAGCCAAGCGCUGUGCCCCCUCCCACAGCGCCCCAGCUGCUCUGACCAGCAGCCCCUGGCCCAGGUGAGGCUGGGGGCUGCCCCGUGCCCCCCACGGCAACGACAGAACCCCCCCCGGGCUGAGGGGGGGCAAUAAAGGUGUUGUGGUGUCA